CAAGUAGCCUGAUGCACACUGAGAAUAAUGAAAAUAAUAUGGUCCCGAUCUAGCAAAAUUUUGCCAAAAGCAAAGAAUAAUGCACUGCGUACGCGAACAGCGAAGAUGGUGAGGAUCGCGAGCAAUGCGAACUAUAAUUGUCCCACUUCCCUCUUCAUCGAACUGUAGAUCUUUUAGAUUUUUUUCUUUUUUCCUCUUCUGUUUCUUUUCGCCCCUUCUCCUACCAUUCAGUCUCCGCUUCUCAGCUAAUCCAACAGCAACGCCCAACCAUCUGAAGAUUUCAUCCCUUUCUGCUUCCUUCUGCAGUGUUUAUUUCUUGUUCACGGCCCCAAUCACAUCGCCCUUGCAGUCACAUUGCAUUUGUUGUAGUUCGCGGGGGGGGGGGGGGGGGGGAAGAGAGCUUGCUUGCCUAUUCGAUUCCUUGUUCCUUUUCUUUUGGUGCUUGAACUUCAUUAGGGUUUGAAUUUGCCAGAAAAGUUCUGUUCUGUGUGCCAGUUAUGGAACCACGAGUUGGGAACAAGUUUCGCCUGGGUCGUAAGAUUGGGAGCGGCUCCUUCGGGGAGAUUUAUUUAGGUAUUAAUGCUCAAACGAAUGAAGAAGUAGCCAUCAAGCUGGAAAAUGUCAAGACAAAGCAUCCACAGUUGCAAUACGAAUCAAAACUUUACAGAAUCUUGCAAGGAGGAACUGGCAUUCCCAACGUGCGAUGGUUUGGCAUAGAAGGAGAGUAUAAUGUUCUUGUUAUGGAUUUAUUGGGCCCAAGCCUCGAAGAUUUGUUCAAUUUUUGCAGUCGAAAACUCUCUAUGAAGUCUGUCCUGAUGCUAGCUGAUCAGAUGAUCAACCGUGUGGAAUAUCUUCACUCUAAAUCUUUCCUGCAUCGAGAUAUCAAGCCAGAUAACUUUUUGAUGGGCUUGGGGAGGCGAGCAAAUCAGGUCUACAUUAUUGAUUUUGGAUUGGCCAAGAAGUACAGGGACACCACAACUCAUCAGCACAUUCCUUACAGGGAGAACAAGAAUUUGACUGGAACAGCGAGAUAUGCUAGCAUAAACACUCACCUUGGAGUUGAACAAAGCAGGAGGGAUGAUUUGGAAUCUCUUGGAUAUAUUUUCAUGUAUUUCUUGAGAGGAAGCCUCCCAUGGCAGGGAUUAAAAGCUGGAAAUAAGAAGCAAAAGUAUGAAAGAAUUAGUGAUAGAAAAGUUUCCACAUCUAUUGAGGCUUUAUGCCGUGGUUAUCCAUCGGAGUUUGCAUCAUACUUCCACUAUUGUCGUUCACUACGUUUUGACGAUAAACCUGAUUAUGCUUAUCUUAAGAGGAUCUUUCGUGAACUCUUCAUCCGUGAAGGUUUUCAAUUUGACUAUGUGUUUGAUUGGACCAUUAUGAAAUAUCAGCGGACACAAAUUGCAGGUGUUCCUCCACAAGCUAUCGCUUCUGGAGAUGAACCUAGCUCGGUGACGGCUCCUGCCACUGCUAAUGUUGAUAGGAAGUCUGGUGUCGAAGGAGCAAAGACAGAUGGCUGGAGAGGGGAUAACUCUCAUUUGCAAUGUUCUAUGCCAGUUGCAAAUGCUGGUAACAUAUCCACUGAGAAGAGUCCAGCAGUAAAUGAUCCAGCUGUUCCUAGAGAAACUACACCAUCGAGUUCAACAUUUGUGGGGCGUUCAGGUGGUUCUUCGAGCCGAGCCAUUGCUUCUAGCAAUCGCAAUGUAAUGCAGAGCAGUGAGUCAAAUAUGUCAUACACUCACACAAAAGAAGCAGCUGCAUUUUUUACUAAAAUUUCAGCACACAGAGGCUCCCAAGCUAUAUUAAUGGAUAACAAAUAUUCAUCAUCUAGCAGGCAUCAACCUAUGGACUACGAGUCUACACUCAGAGAACUUCAUGACCUUAACCUCGAUAACGAUGGAAAGCUUGGGUAUUAGCAUUUCACUUCGAGUUGCUAUCGGCUGACUUAAUUCAUUGUAAAUAGGAAACCUAAACUAUGAUAAUGUUAAGCAAUGUAUUGCUUUGUACUGCCCAUUAGGAAGUCUAUUCUUGUUUGCAUGGCUGAACUGCUAGAUUCAGAGAAAUCACCUGUUUCUGAUUCAAUUAAGGGAUACAGGGUUUGGAACAACCUAGUUUUUUUUAUAUCAAAGCCUAAGGGCAAUGGAGUGUAGCUCUUAA